AUGACUCAGGCGAGGCAGUAGUGGCGGUGAAGCCCACGGGGCUGAGCGUGGCGGCGGCGGCGGCAGUGCGGGGCGAUGGUGUGUUUGUCAGACAGUGUUACAAAGUGUUGUUGUACGUAAGUGUUGAUGCCGCCUGCACGGCGCUGAGCCCCGCCCUGUGCCGUCUGGACAAGUGCAGUGAACAGUGAACGGUAAACAGUGAACAUUUGACGGCCACAGACAUGUUGACGGUGCAGGCGAUGAUCCACGGCCAGGAUGCCACAGCCGCCCUCAGGAAGCCGGACAAGGCUGGUGGCGUGGGCGCCGUCCCCGGCUUGAGGGGCAGCAAAAUAAAGAGGAAAAGCGCCAAGAAAAAGAAAGAUGCUGCAGCCGGCGGGGACGACACAAUCGGCGACAUAUUCGUUGACGUUCCUCAGGGCUUGGCGCCCCGUGGGUUGCCGGAGCCCGGUGUGGUGGUGGCCCGCGAGUGGCUGCUGCUGAAGAACACUGAGGUUCAGGAGGAGGCAAGGUCACCGCCCAGCAAGUUAACGAAGGAACGAGGCAGCUCUGGCAGCGGCCGCCCCUAUCAGGACCCCGCCUCCCCGCCCAGUCUGGUCCCCAUCAGGAGAAAAGACUCGCGUCCCGCCAAGACUAACCGAACCAAAGAUGCUAAUGGGAACAGAAUACUGAAGGGGCUGCGCGGCGGCUGUCCCAGCUUUCAAGAUAACCCUCACUCGGAGUCCCCCGAGGACGUGGCAACCAAAUCUCAGAGGAGCCCAGGGAUGGAGGAGCAGGAGGAGGCGCCGCGUUCCAGCGACGUGACCCUCAUCAGAGUGCAGCCCCCACCAGACACCACCAACGAGGCGCCUUCCACGGACAGCCCUUCACGUCUCCCAAGGAAGGGAAGCCUCCACUUUACGCCGGAGGUGACGUUCGAAGAGGACAAAGAGAAGCGAAGCGCCGCUAGCGUGUCCCCGGGCAUCAAACGUCACAGCUCCAGCAGAAGCACCGGAUCUGAGGGCAGCACACUUCGGCGGCGGCGGCGAGGCACCGCCCGCAGCAGCGCCUCCACACAAACCCCCACUGGUUCCCACUCUGAGCUGCCUGACUGCACCAUUCCCCCGGAGAGACGCUUGUCUUUCCGGACCCACGAGGCGCCUCCCGCCCCUCCCGAGGAGCCGCCUCCACGCAGGGACCUGACCGGCAGCAUUCCUGGCGCCUCCCUUCUGCUCAAGUUGGUGAUGCCCAAAGAGAAGCGCUCCAGCAAACACUCCGGGGGCUCCCCCUCUCGCGAGGGGGCGCCCCCUGCUUCCGUCCCGCCCCCUGGCCGGACCCCUGCCUCCCCCUCGCUGCCCUGGUUCUGGCCGCCGCUGCGUCACAUCGAAGCCAUGACCUCCCUGCACUCCGUCUUCCCUGUGGGGAAGGGACCGCCCCCCCAGCCCAAUCCAGGGACUCAGAGUGUAGCUGCUGGGGGCGGGGAGGCCGGGGCGCCUGGGGGUCUGGCCUUACUCCCGACCAGUGUAGUGCCUUUUCCCCCGAGGGCUGCGCCGCCGGUGCCCCGCCAGGUGCAUGGUGACCAGCUCAGCAUCUCCAGCCUGAACAGCAGCCUCGCGGGACACACCUACGAGCAGGUGAACUUCGUCAUUGAGCCGCCCAUCUGUGAAUACAGAGAGAAUGAGUAUGAUCUCAGUAAGUCGGUUUCCGAAGACAUUCAUUCCUAUCAUAUUGAUAAGGAGGAUGUCAGGCCUCAAGAGUCUUACUUCGUGUCUCGCCGGAGCAGCGACAGCCGCGUGGCAGAAGUGGCGGAGCGGACGCGGCCCCGGCGAACCUCGCGCCGGAAACGGAAAAAAUCCCGUUGUGCUGCGACCAUCACCGACGAGUCUCUGAUCGGCGAGUUUCAACCCGAGGGACUGAUGGGCCCGGAGGAUCGGAUAGUUGAGGGUGGUCUGCGACCCUGCCAGAGUGAUGAAGAUGAAGCAGUGGUCCUUUCAGCCCCAGCCACACCCCCGCGCUCCCCGGCCCUCAGCCUGAUGCAUCGAGACCUGCGCUGGUCCUCCACAACCUGCAGCAGCAGCAGUAGCGCUCUCGGCGGGCGGCACAUCGCCACGUUGGAGAAGCCCAUCACGCUGGUGUCUGAGGCCACCCUGGAGCUGGGCCGCUCCCCCUCCGUGUCUCCCCCGCUGCCAGAGUACCCGCCGAGAGGUGUUACGCCCCCAGCCCCUCACAUCCCGGCCCCCAGGGACGCGGCCUUCAUCCACAGGCUACUAACGUUGGUAAAGGAGGACGAGGCGCAGACAGACAGUCCUAACGGCCCGGGACCCCCAGACGUGCGACACAACAUACGGCGGCGCGGCGUGUAUGUUUCCGUGGACACUGAGUCCGACACGGGCGUAACGUCAGAGCCCGAGCCUAGCAGGGGACCCCGAGUGACCCCCAGCCCUGACCCCCGCAGUGAAGGAGAUAUCCACUGGCCCCGCCGGGCUUCCUUAGCAGGCCCUGUAGGGGACAGGCGGCCUUGCCCAGUCCAUGGCACUUCCAGUCCUCGUAAGUCAAGUCUUGCCGCGGCAUCCCAGCGGCGGCGCCUUCGUCGCGCCUCGCUGCCAGCUCCUGUCCCGGCGGAGCCUCGGCCGACCUUCUUCCAGCGGUUGCGUCGGUCUCUCCGGCGAAGCAGAAACGUGGAGCCUCUGAUCGCAGAAUUGCCGAGUCCUGCUGACCUGCUGGGCGUUGAAGACGUGGUCUCCGUGGCAGGUUCAGAAGACCACCUCCUGCCCCCGGAGGUACCCUGCUCGUGUCCUGAUCCCGUCCAAGACUUCCGACGGUUCCGGCCUCGCCUCGGCUCACUGGUAACAGUGGGCAGCAGCGACGAGGACGACAGGCGGCCGCUUCACCCAAGCCCGCAGGAUGCCUGCGAGCGGUGGCGCGUGGAGGGCGAGGUGUGCCGCCUGCAGGAGGCCCUGGGGCAGCGCCUGGGCUCCGCGGCCAUGAUCAUGCGUCGCCGGGACCACCGUCUGCACACCAUCAACACAAUCGAGAAGACAAUCCAGAAGCUGCAGCAGGACACGCUCCGCAACCACCACAACAACCAGGUCAACGGCAACGACCACGACGACCAGCAGCCCUGCGUCUCCCCGCAGCCCCACCGACCCUCGGACAUCAUGGACGCCGUCAACGCCAACCAGAUGCAGGAUGAGGACGCCACGGCAGAUGACAUCAGUGAGAUCCCUGAGAUGGACUCGCUGCAGUCCGAUGCCGUGUCUCACACCUCCAGCGAGAGGACCGCCACACAGGGCAAGAGCAACAGGCCCACCCUUUCUAGUCAGAAUUCCAAUGAACUUGACUCUCCCACGGACACAUUACUGCAGCAGGACAUACCGCCUGGGAAGCUGCCGCCAGCCAUUGAGGCGGUGCUGCGCGGUGCCUGGCCCUUCGAGAAGGCACUGUGGCACUCCAGUCCUGCCUCCAUGGGAAUGCCGUAUAAAAACAAUAACCAGCAGGAGGUACCGGGCAUCAUGGCCACCUCCAGCGUGACCAACCGCAGGGCCCAGAGCACCCAGCAGCUCCUCACCAACAAGGUGGAGAUGGUGUACGGCCUCCUCUCCAUGUUCUCCUCGGGCGACCGCGAUGACAUGAGCCGCACGCUGCUGGCCAUGUCCUCGUCCCCUGACUCGUGUGUGGCCAUGAGGCAGAGUGGCUGUCUGCCGCUACUCAUACAGCUUCUUCAUGGCGGUGAUGGAGAUGUUGCCCCUACGAGGGAGACAAGACUCAGGGCAGCACAGGCCUUGCACAACAUUGUCCACUCCCACCCCGACGACAAGCGGGGGCGGAGGGAAGCAAGAGUACUGAGGCUGCUGGAGCAGAUCCGUGACUACUCUGACUACCUGUAUGAGCGCCUUGAGCGGACCAGUGCUGGGCGAGGUCCACUGCUGGAGGAUGACAUGGACCGGCACCCUUGCCCCGCCAUGGCCGCCCUCAUGAAGCUCUCCUUCGAUGAGGACCACCGCCACGCCAUGUGCACUCUCGGCGGCCUCCAUGCCAUCGCUGAGCUGAUCCGCCGCGACCACGAAGGCCACGGCUCCACCACCUCGGACCAGUACUGCAUCACACUCAGGAGGUAUGCUGGCAUGGCCCUCACCAACCUGACCUUUGGGGACGGCACCAACAAGGCUCUGCUGUGCUCCUUCCGUUCCUUCAUGCGUGCGUUGGUCUCGCAGCUCCACUCCCCUAGCGAAGACCUCAGACAGGUGACUGCUAGUGUGUUGAGGAACCUGUCCUGGAGGGCGGACGGAGGGAGCAAGGCCAGUCUGAGGGACGUGGGUGCCGUGGCCAUCCUGAUGCAGGCGGCACUGUCAGCACGUAAGGAGUCCACCCUGAAGGUCAUCCUCUCGGCUGUGUGGAACCUCUCUGCUCACUGUAGUAUUAAUAAGGCUGAAAUCUGUGCUGUGGAUGGAGCCUUGGCCUUCAUCUGCAGCACACUCACCUACAAAUCACAGUCAAAAACCCUCGCAAUCGUGGAGAAUGGAGGCGGAAUACUCAGGAACAUUUCUAGUCAUAUUGCUGUGAGAGAGGAUCUUCGGCAAGUGUUACGAGAACACAACACACUCAACACACUCCUGGGUCAGUUGCGCUCCCCUAGCCUGACAGUCGUGAGUAAUGCCUGUGGAACGUUGUGGAACCUGUCUGCAAGGUGUUCUGAGGACCAGCGAAUGCUCUGGGAACUUGGUGCUGUACCUAUGUUGCGUUCACUCAUCAACUCCAAACACAAAAUGAUAUCUAUGGGAUCAAGUGCCGCUUUGAAGAACCUGCUGCAGGCACGGCCGGAAGGGAUGUCCCUGACAGACCCCAGGCAUGGCAUGGGUCUGCCUUCCCUCCAGGCCAGGAAACAAAAAGCCCUUGAGCAGGAACUGGAUCCUUCCCUCUCUGAGACUUGUGAUAACAUUGAGACAUCCCCACGUUCCUCCCCAACCCACCCCCAGGGCACUGAUCCUCACUUCUAUGGCCAGCCUGGGGAUGCUGCUCAGUACUACCCCGGGCCAAGGCCGAUGUUCCACUCACUUGGGGCGCAGUACAAUGUUCUGAGGUCAGAGAGCAGAGACUCAAUAUCAUCAACUCAUUCUGAUAAUUCUCACGACCGAAUGAGACAGAUACUAAUGCGCCACCAACAGGCAGGGCGUGAAGGCAUCGGGGAGAAUGGCAGGCCCCUAGACUUGUCCCUUCGUUCUAUGGCUCCUCCGUCACACUGUGUGCCUGAUAUUGCUCACAUGAGUCAAGAAGAGCUGCAGAGACACCUUGAGUCCAAAGAGUUCAACAACAGUGCUGAUGAAAUAUUUGCCUCUCGAGUCAGAAACAUGAAAGAGGUUUUUGGCAACCAAUCAAACGAGUCUUUACAGUUUAACAAUGGCCUUGGAGGAAGUGCCUCUGGUACCGCACGUAAUGGCUCCUUCAGCGGUGCCUCUCCCCAGCCUCCCUUCAGUCCCAGGAGGAGGCCGUCCAACACAAGUAGUGAGGAGGAGAGGGCUGGAGCCAGCCGGAACUUUGUCAAUGGGAAGCAGCAACAACAACAACAACAGCCUCACAAUGAAGUCCACUACAACUACUACAGCAAAUAUGUCAACUACAGCCGUAACUUGGCUGAGGUUGACAUAGAGAAUGAUUCCCAAGAUGAACCUCUUAAUUACAGCCUCAAGUGUGGUACUGGAACUACAAUCAAAACCCCCACCAAUGAGUCCAUGGCAAGCAUGACUCAGAGCACAGAACGACCAGUGCCACAGAUAGACAACUUUGUGGUUGACAGAAGAGGCGAUGCAAGAAAGACAGAGCCACUCGCAGAAGCCAAGAGGGAACCUGAGAACUUCGGCAGCUACACAGAGACCGACAUUGACCAGCCCACCAACUUCAGCUUAAGGUACUCUGAGGAGCGAGACAGUGAUGAGGCAGCCUUGUACCGUCGCCCCCCCAAGCCUCCCCCUGAACCAGCCUCACCGUUCUUUGAGCCGUCAAUCCAUGAUGACUCUUUGAAGACCUACUGCACCGAGGGCACCCCCUAUGAGACACCCUACAACUUCUCCACGGCAAACUCCAUGACAGACCUGAGGGAGCCGGCCAUCAAGGAAAUAGAGCGAGAGGGAUCAUCGGGCCCAAGCAGUGCAGAGAAAAAGAAAGAGAAGAAAGGGAAGUCAGAGGAGCUGCAGAGUGUUGAGGACAGCGAUGAUGGUCGGGACACCCUGGAGCCCCUGCCGCCCCAGCCCGGCCCGCCUGGCAAGAGUGGCCUCAGCUCCGGCAUGAUGACGCCCGACAAGCCAGUCACCUACUGUGUGGAGGGCACGCCCGUCUCACUCUCCAGGUUCUCGUCCGUCUCUUCUCUAACCAGCGGGGAGAUCAAUGCUAACAAUGCCAGGGACGGCCUCCUUGGGGACAUGGCUGAGGAGCGUGGACACAAGCCCCAGGCGGCCAGCGCUGAGGAGAAGAAGAGUGACCAGGAUGAGGGUGGCGCUGAGGAGAUAGAGGAUGCCAACAGGGAUGGCAGCCACACCCCGUCCUCCCAGCAGAUGGAGAGGCCUGAGGGCAAGAGUGUCCACUAUGAGGAGACGCCACUCAUGUUCUCCCGGGCCACCUCAGUCUCCUCCCUCAGCAGCUUCGAGGUCCAGUCCAUCCACGACGACCGGAGCUCCGUGGUGUCGGACUUCAGCCGAUUUACCAGUGGUGCCAUUUCCCCAAGUGACCUUCCAGACUCACCAAACCACACUGUUCCUCCCAGCCCCAAGCGCUCCAGGCCACCCUCACAGCCAUUCAAGGCUCCCCCGGCACAGAGCCCGAGGUCAAGCACUGGAGUGUUCAGUGAGGCGCCGCGAGCCUUCGUUGAGGAGGGCACCCCUGUGGAGUUCUCCCGAGCCACCUCUCUCUCAUCACUCACUAUUGAUGAUGACUUGCCCGUUGUAGAUGACGGUGUGCCCAGGGAUCGACUUCGAGGGGAUGGCAAGGACAGCAGUGAGACCACGGGCAGUGAGGCAUCCCAUGUGGGUACCCGCAGCCCUUCAGGAGGCAGACUCAGGGCCUCCACCAGCAUUCCCAGGCUCCACGGACAGGAGCGGGGCGGCCUCAGCCCUGUGGCGUGCGAGGCCGACGAGGACGGCGCGAGGAAGGGCGCCAAGGAGCGGGGCGAAGAGCGAUCUCGCGACAACUCCGGCACGCGCUCCAGCACCCACACGGACUCCGAGAGCGAGGACCUGCUGGCGGAGUGCAUCAGCUCCGGCAUGCCCGAUAAUACGCGGCGCAACAAGCAGCAGUUCACGGGUCGAGGCGCCUCGCGUAUUGCCCAGCCCAGCGCUCGCCCUCGAGGCUCAGGCAUCCCGGUGGUGAAAGCCUCCAACCUGCCCACCCAGAUACCCAGCGGCCCCGCCCACAGCCAUGCCCAGCAGGGUGUUGGUGGCGGGGUCUGGGGGGCAGACACCCUUCGAACCUACUGCACUGAGGACACACCCGCCAGCAUCUCCCAUGCUGCCUCCAUUUCGGACCUCUCAACACUGUCCAUACCGGGUGAGGAGCCUCGGAAGGAGCGCCACGCCUCGGGCCAGCGUCCCAGCCUCAAUGACUCAGGUGACAACUCCUCCGACAAUGACAACCUCCUGGAGCAGUGCAUCCAGUCGGCCAUGCCCAAGGCUCGGCCCGGUGCUAAGGUGAAGGAGGUAAAGCUUGGUGUGAAGCGACAUGGAGCAGGUCACCUGUGUUCUCAUUCUCAUGGGGCGCCUCCCCCGGCUGGGCCCCCCCUCGCCUCCCCUCGGCACUCCCCGCAUCACCGCCCCGUCCCUGUGGCAAGAGUCACCCCUGCUGUGAAGGUGGGCGGCACCAGGAUAUCGCCAAGGCCUGCUCAUGAAGAUGCUGCAGGGGACCAGGUCCGCAUGUGGGCCACGGAGGGCACGCCGGCCACCUUCUCCCGGGCUGACUCCCUCUCCUCGCUCAGCUGUGACGACGAGGGGAACAGGGCCAGCAGGGACCCCAGCCCAAGGUCCCACAGCUCCCCGCGCUCCCAGGCCCCCCAGUCUUCACAGACCCAGGCCCAACCACCAAGGGCCAGAACACCACAGUCCCCACGUGGCCGCAGGUCUCGGGCACCCCAGAGCAGGGGACAGGAGAUAGAUGGGGAGAAGGAGGUGCCUCGACAGUUCGCAGUGGAAGGAACACCUGGCGUUAUAUCUCGACACUCAUCUUUAAGUUCUAUUGAGGGCGAGGAGGAGAGUGCUAUCCUACAGGCGCCCAGUGGACAGCAGGCAGGCAGCGUCCGUAACUACGGCGUAGAGGACACUCCUGUGUGCUUCUCACGAAACUCUUCGCUGAGUUCCUUGUCCGUGGAGUCAUUUGGGGAGGAGACAACCCCCACUGAGCAGGCUCUCCUGCAGCAGUGCAUCAGCCAGGGGAUGCCCAAGAGCAAGUCUGACUUGGAGAGCCACAGUCGGAGAAGGCGGCGUGGUGGCUCUCGCAUCCCUGCCCCAUCGUCACGGUCACCGGCGCGCCUUGUUCCUGGUGUGCCCAUGCAGCGUCUUACUCUCUGCAGGGAUGAACAACCCUCCCAGCCAAAAAACGCGGGAGCGACGGCGGCAACUGCAAACACCGUGGAUGCAGAUGCCGCCAUGCCAACAGCAGAUGUAGAGAGCUCGAAGCUGCACACGGACUCCGAGCAGAGCGAGAAGAAUGAACGUGCUCAGCGGCACAUCAAGGAGGAAGACUUUGAAGAUCGGGAUGAGGAGGAGGAGGAGGAGGAGGAGGAAAGUACUGCUGACUUUACUGAGGCAGACUCAGAAGUAACAGCAACCACAGCAGAGAUCUGUCAGCAGAGGAGUGAUCGUACAAGUGAAGAGAGCGCUGCAACCGUGCUGGACCAGAAUGCAGUGGAGAAGGAGGUAGCAGAGCUGGAGCCCCGGGCUAGUGAUGAGUCAGCGGAAGGGAUUGGAUCUUCCUCUGAAGAAAAACCCUCUUGGGUUGAGCCAAGGAACUCAACUGACAAGUCAUCUCCAUCAGAUGGUCGAGGCUCUGACACCUCCGUCACGGCUUCCAUGUCAGAGUCUGGUUUUCUAGCCAUGGAAGCCAUGAAGGUGGCCAGGGCUGUGGCUGGUGAGGCCAAGCUCCUCAGUAGUGAUGAGACAUCCCACAUGUCACAGAGUAUUACGAGCGCUGCCUCUGACGCGUGCAUCGAUAACAUUAAGCCACCCUCGGCCAUGGGGAGCCUGGCAUCCAUGUCCAACAGCCUGACCAACAGCACUGAGGAGCCACGCGGUGCCGGUGCCCGUGCCAACCACCGUCGUCUGGAAUGCCGCCACACCCGCCGUAUGCCGGAGAUGGUGCGCCGUGCCCUCGGGGAGCAGGACUACGGCUCCACUGAGAACAUGGCCAGCAUGGUAAGUUCAUGCCAUUCUAAUGUGGACAACAUUCCUCCUCCCUCAAUGAUGGAUGAUGACAUGGAGAACUCUAUGAUCAGCGUGGCAUCCAUAACAUCAGAGGUAGCUGAGCAGCGUGACUCCCCGCCCUCCCCACCAGCAGACCACACAGCCAUGGUGGCAGCCCCAGCUAGGCAGCUGGCAGCAAUCUUCCAGCAGGAGGCUCUCAAUGCCGCCUCAACACUCACUCUGACAGGUGGGGACGAGGCCUCGACGUAUCAGGAGAUCACAGAUAUAACAGAACACGAGGAGACAGUUGGUCCUGCCAGCGACACGGAACUUGCCGCUGAUGACCUGCCGGCAGAUGUUCCUGAUUUGCCCCAGGAUGGCUUCUCCUCCCCACAGUGCGGCUCUGCUCAUGCAUCACCCAACAGACAGGGAACACCACGCUCGCGAAGACAACUGGCCAAAGACAGGUUCCGUACCUUUACACGCGGAGAUGGAGAAGUAUCGUCUGAUGCCACACCCUCCCAAGACACAGAUCCAACAUUAGUGGAGGCCCUUCCAUCCUCCCCAGUGGCUGCCAAAACAGCAAAACAGAGGCGCCAAGAAGAUGCUGAGCGUUUCAGGACAAGAACGAUAUCGUCAUCAGAUGGCACUGUGGAGGGUGUACCGUCAGACUCUCUCUCAUCAAGUGGCAAAGGGCAGGACAAGAUAAGUCCUAAGAAAUCACCUAAGAACCGUCGUCUGCUGGACCCAAGUCGCUUCCAGACUCACACAAUUAGUCCAGCACAAAUCUCUCCUGAAGGAACACCAGAAGCAUCCCCAGUAAAGGUUGAAGCUGACGCGGCUGCACCCUCAUCACCGCCAACGAAGUUGCAGGUUAAACAGUCACUUAAGCAGCGUCGGCAGGAGGAUAGAGAACGUUAUCAGACCCGAACCAUCGAGGUCCCUCUGGCUAACAUAACGCCUGAGGCUAUUGACUUGCCAGCUGAAGAUGAUGUUCCAAAAGAUGGGACAGAUGACAGUCCGCUUAUGGACUUCCAAGACAGCAACGAAAUGCUGGACUUGACAGCAGAGCAGCUGGAAGCACUGCAGCAGGACGCCAACAUUGUAAUUUGCACCCUUAAUGAGACCCGAGAGGCCAUGACCAGCGAGUCGUCAGAUCUCCUCAGUGAAGAGAACAUCCUCGACAUUGAAACCCUUAGCUUGAUAUCAAAUGAAGAUGAGUCAGAGAUGCGAAAUUUUCUUCAGGACUUUGAUGACGACCCUCCAGAUAAAGGAGAUGACGACCAGGAGGAGGAGGCGGACACAGAAACACAUGUGAUCCGGCGGCCCCGCAUUGUGAAGCCCGGCCAGGCCGUAGCAGCACGACCUUCAGAGGAAGACGACGGGGGUGGUAAGGCCAUCAGAGGGCGCAGGAAGCCACUGUACUCGAGUGCCAAGAAGUACAUCACUCCACCGCGCCCUGCCUCAAGUGCCGCCAUCAGCACCGUGAAAAAUGGUGGCGCCAUGAAGCCCCCUGGGAUGCGGCCCAGCUCUGCCUCACCUGUCAAGCCUUCCUCGCCCAAGCUGCCCCGCGCCACCAGAGCCUCGGCACUACGGCAUACCUCUAUCAUCCAAAAGGGAGCCAGCAGCGGUGAGGAGAGCCCCACAGGGCGGAACACAGGUUCUUCGACAGGCAGCAGUGCUGGUUCCAGCCCCAGAUUAGGACCCGGUUCUCGCGGCUUCACAACCCGGCCUGCGAGAUCAAAGUCUUUGGCAAGACCUGGCCCGGAGCCUCCAAAACCUCUGCAGCGACAAAACACCUUCACUAAGGAUGAUAGCGACACCCCACCAAGCCCAGAGCACAAUGCAGACUUAAAAAAAACUGCGACGCCUAAUCGAGCUCCAGUGAAGACAAGGUUGCGGCGGGACAUCGUCCAGCCCACCCCGGGGCUGCCAGGUCCAGGUGUUCGCACUGUGAUACCAAAGAGUGGCAGCCAAGAUCUCAGUCCAACCAAGGGUCGACCUCCUACGCACAAGUCAGCCAGCCUCACGCGGGAUGCACUACCGCCCACCUCCUCCGAUGUGGCAGAGUGGCAGCACGACGUACCCAAGAAGACAGUAAAGAAAGAAGUGACCAGCAGAAUUGCUAGCCUAUGGAAAAAAGUGGAGCGUGCACAGACCAAACCAAAGGAAAAAGAAGCAGACAAGCGAGUGUGGAUCACAAGGCCCAAGUCUGCUGCAAAGGAGACGCCACCGCAACCUCUCGUACGGAGCUCCACCUACGAAAAACUCUCAAUCAAUGGCGGCACCACUGGGGGCAGCACUGGCGAGGCAGGUAAGAGCCGUACUCGACUAGGGCUGAAGCUGGCGAAACUGCGAGGCAGAGACACGCGGUCCUCGCCGCCUUCAGAGGCCACGACGCCGGUAGACCCGCGUCCCCACUGCCUUGUGAGUCCAACGCGGGCACGCGUAGGCGAGGUAACGCCACGCUCCUCUGAGGCUGUGCAGCUCCGCCCGCGUCCCGCCACACACCCGCCCGGCGCGCAUGUUGGGCAGCUGGAGGAGGACAGUGAGGCGCGGGCCAAGCGGCUGUCUCGCCUGGGGUCGUUCAUCGUGGUGGAGGAGGAUGGGCGGGUCAAGUCCCCUCCACAAUCGGCCAUUGUUCCGCCUUUUAACUACCAGCCGCCCGUGCCCGCGCCCAAGGUACGUGCUGGCGUUGUCACCCGCAUACCUCAGCCUUCCAAGUCAUACCUCUCCAACACGCCGUGUGGCAGGGAUGACAACGGGAACGCGGCCGACCCCAGCGUGGUGACGGGUGCCUGGAGACCCUGACCCCACCCCCCGCGCCGUGCCCAGGACACCCAGGAUCCCGAGGACCACUGGGGCGCGGGGGCAGCUCCUCACAGGCUAAGCUAGCGCCUCUAGGAUCCACUCUUUCGUUCUCACACUUACCCUGGAAAAGUACUGUUUCUUCUACCCAGGGAACGCAGAGGCUUGGAAAAUGAAAGCACGGGCUGACUGGGGUCUGUUCAAGGACCGCCAGUGCUGCCGUGCCGCUAUGGAGGAGUUCAAAAUGGGCCUAGGUAGGCUGUAGGCUGUACCCACCACACCACAGGUAGGAAAAUUCAAUCAGGCUCUGGAACUACUCUAUUAACUGUAUAUAACUUGCCCACAUAUACACCAUUUUAAUUACUAUUAUACAGUGCUUAGGGAUAGAUGAUAAUAUCCUUCCUUGUUACUUUAGUGCAUUUCCCAGCAUUUAGUGUUUUGUUCCCGCGUUGUCCAGUGUCAUGUUUCGUCAUGGACCCUUGAGCAUGGGCGAGUUCCUGAGCCUGACGCUGCCUAGGCCACCAAUCGGGGUCUGCCGCCCCCGGCCGCACCCCACCACCGCUGAACAAGACAGGCGUCCAGGAACGUAACGAACAGAAGCGAACCAGACCGACUCCGCUCAGUGUUAUGUUCGGACAGCUUUGUUAUGACUUAAGAAAACAUGCAUUUACGUGUUCGAUUGUUUUGCGUUUUAUUUAUUUGUUUGUAGAGCUUUUGUGUAUAUAAUUCUAUUGCUUUUCACACUUUUCUGUUUGUAUUUUUUAUUUUCAAUAAAUGAUAUUUGAUUUUUCAGUAAACAUUUCAUCUCCUAAACGUCAGAAAAAACGUCCUGUGCAAAAGCGUAUGAAGUCUGGUAUGUGGUUAUUCAUAAAAGAUAAUGUACUAAAUAGAGGCUAGAUAAGCUUCAGUAUGUAUGCUUUAAUCAUUAGAAAGUGAUAAUUUAGCUGGUUUGGUAUUAUUGUAGUUAAGUGUUCCCCGCGAGGGUUGGCACACCUGACCCGUGCAGCAGUCAUGGCGGCACGUGGCGGAGCUGAGGCGGGCCAGGCGUGGCCGACCCUUGCCGCGUGCCAUACCGCCAAGUAAGUUAAACCUUUAGGUGUUCAUUGUCUGAUUUAUCAUUUGUCACCCUCUCGAGUAAUACGUAACGUGUUGUCUGUAAGUGUCGUGGUGAUGUGGAGGUGGCCGACGAUGGCGAGGCUCGUGAUCUCAUUAUGUGUACGUGGUGACUGUGUGCGCGGUGACUGUGUAUGUGGUGACUGUGUGUGCGUGGUGACUGUGCAUGGUGACUGUGUGUGGUGACUGUACGUGGUGACUUUGUGUGUGGUGACUGUGUGUGGUGACUGUACGUGGUGGCUGUGAGUGUGUGUGUGUGGUGACUGUGUGUAUGUUGUAACUGUGUGUGUGUAUGUGGUGACUGUGUGUAUGUUGUAACUGUGUGUGUGAUGACGUGUGUGUGUGUGUGUGUGUGUGUGUGUGUGUGUGUGUGUCGUGACUGUGUGUGUGUGUGUGUGUGUGUCGUGACUGUGUGUGUGUGUGUGUGUGUGUGUGAUGACGUGUGUGUGUGGUAGCUGUGUAAGCGGCUGACUUUCCGUGGUGAGUGUGUGUCCGUGACAGUUGAGUGUGUCCGUGGGGACUCGGUGCCUGUGCGGCUGACUCUCCGUGGUCACCGGUCCGUGGCGGCCGUGCACCAGAGGGACGUGUUCACGGGAGUGAUUUGUGUUUUUCGCGAGUAAAUAAGGAGCAAAGGAUAAAACCAUUAUUCGAUAAUUCGUUGACAUUGAAUUAGAUUUUCCCACAUGUAAAACACGAAUUCUCAGACUAUAGUAAGGCUCAAAACUUUUUAAGAACUCUUGCAUCUCAGGGUAAGGAAGACUAUUAAUAUUAGUACAUACUGAACGAGUUAAUGAUACCCAGCCCUUUCUUUAAUGUAAGGGUAUAUUGUGGUUCCUUGUUAGUGUUUUCAGUUUGCUCAAAGCAAAGUAAGGCUGGGCAUUAGGGCAACAAUUAGAGGAGUGCUAAUAUCUUUAUAAUGCACCGUAUCACAGUUUAUCCCGUGAUAAUGGCACAUCAUAGUGGUAAGAUGUGUUAUUUAUUUUUUGCAUAUUUCACUUGCAAAAUGCUUUGACAUUACUUUCCUCAAGUGACUAAUACUGUAUAGUAAUGAAAAUUUACACUCGGUGCCUAAUUUAACAUUAUCAGAAAUGAAAACAAGAAUAAGAUACAUGGCAGGAUUACUUUGCUCGUGGCUUAGUCGUGCAAUAUUAUAGAGGCAGAACAACCCCGCCCAUUGUAAGGAUGCUACAAAACUAUUUACUUGAGAUUGACUGUAAAAUAGAUUACCAUAAGAUAUUUUGUGUAUCUAUAAAACUGCAUUUACAUUAAUGAUAAUGAAGAAUAACCCUUACCAGACUUCAUACAACUCUUGUACAGGAUAAGUAUUAUUGUGUGUAUUCAGGAAGCUUGAGUAAAUUGUGUACUUGUAAGAGCUAGGUAGACACAAGCUGAGCAAACAAAGGGUGUCUGCAAGAUCUGAUUACAUUAGGACACUAAUGUGAUGUACAGGUUCAGGCAGAACUUAACUCUCCCCAGGAUAAUAGAAACAAUUUUAAAGGAUAAUUCAAGUGACGAUGGGCCAAAAACAAAACAAAUUACAAGUUUACUGUUGUAUGAAUAUCAACAAUCGUAUGAAAAAUUGUAUAAUUUUGAGAGCACUUCAUUUGCCAUACAGUAAAAUAUUUAUAUUCAGUACAGUGAAGUUAUGUCUUCUGGUCUGUUUAAAGACAGGUAUGAUGAUUCUGAAAUUGAAUAUGAAGAGCAAAUCACUGCAGGUGUUCGCUUUAGCUAUUCUCAGAUAUUGGUCCAUAGGAAAAUAAUAGCCAGCAUGUUAUUAUUUUGCCUCAAUGUUUGUGUUUCCUCCACAACUAACAAGAGCCUCUCAGGUGGUCAGGGGAGGCCACACCACACGGCCACAUUGCCAGGGCCGUCUAGAGCAAUGCUCCAGACCAGGCUGCUGGGCGGUGGACCGUUGGGGGAGUGUUUGUGGCUUAACACUAGUGGUGCACUGAAGACAUGUCACUGUAGUUGCUACCUUAGACUCACUUACUCACAGUUUUCAGUCAAUGAUAGUGCGUGAUAAUUAAUGUUUGACAGUUACGAGGUGGUUCCAUAGGUUUCGCAUAGGCACGUUUCUGUUUUAACCUGUUCCUUUGCUGUAUAGUGCUUUUAUACAUAUUUUCUUGAUUUUUGUAAAGACUUCCGGGUUUCCAUUGCAUGAUACUCUACACUGAUAUUUAAAAUGGACCAAUUUGUAUUUAUUUGUGUAUAUCCUUGUACAUUAGUCAAAAUACAUUGUAUCAUAGUGUAAAGAUUGACAGCAUGAAGUGGUGGUGGUGGUGGAGUGAACUUGGACUUGGCUGUGGUUGCUGAGUACAGCAUUCUUUCUUCUUCUUAUCCCUUAUUGCAAUAUCGAACUCUUCCUUAUUACAAUAUGAUUAAAUAUAGUAUUAUGACAAAUUAAAUACUUAUAUGUA